UAUGGCCUCGGCUGGUGACGCCGCCGAGCCCCAGGACCGGGGCGGCCGCGACUGCAGCGGAGCCCCGGGCCGGCCGGGCAGCGGCGGGAGGCGCAGACGGACCGCGGGGCUGCGCCGCACCGCCGCGCCGGACCGGGACUAUCUGCACCGGCCCAGCUACUGCGACGCCGCCUUCGCUCUGGAGCAGAUUUCCAAGGGGAAGGCUACUGGCCGGAAAGCGCCGCUGUGGCUGCGAGCGAAGUUUCAGAGACUCUUAUUUAAACUGGGUUGUUACAUUCAGAAGAACUGCGGCAAGUUCCUGGUCGUGGGCCUCCUCAUAUUCGGGGCCUUCGCGGUGGGACUGAAGGCAGCGAAUCUGGAGACCAACGUGGAGGAGCUGUGGGUGGAAGUUGGUGGACGAGUAAGUCGUGAAUUAAAUUAUACUCGCCAGAAGAUUGGAGAAGAGGCUAUGUUUAAUCCUCAGCUCAUGAUACAGACCCCGAAAGAAGAAGGUGCUAAUGUCCUGACCACAGAAGCGCUCCUCCAACACCUGGACUCGGCGCUCCAGGCCAGCCGAGUCCACGUGUACAUGUAUAACAGGCAGUGGAAAUUGGAACAUUUAUGUUACAAAUCAGGAGAGCUCAUCACAGAAACAGGUUACAUGGAUCAGAUAAUAGAAUAUCUUUACCCUUGUUUAAUUAUUACACCUUUGGACUGCUUCUGGGAAGGGGCAAAGUUACAGUCUGGGACAGCCUACCUCCUAGGUAAACCUCCUUUGCGGUGGACAAACUUUGACCCUUUGGAAUUCCUAGAAGAGUUAAAGAAAAUAAACUAUCAAGUGGACAGCUGGGAGGAAAUGCUGAAUAAGGCUGAAGUUGGUCAUGGUUACAUGGACCGUCCCUGCCUCAAUCCGGCCGAUCCAGACUGCCCAGCCACAGCCCCCAACAAAAAUUCAACCAAACCUCUUGAUGUGGCCCUCGUGUUGAAUGGUGGCUGUCAUGGGCUAUCCAGAAAGUACAUGCAGUGGCAGGAGGAGCUGGUGGUGGGUGGCACCGUCAAGAACAGCACUGGAAAACUUGUCAGUGCCCACGCCUUGCAGACCAUGUUCCAGCUGAUGACUCCCAAGCAGAUGUACGAGCACUUCAAGGGCUACGAGUACGUCUCUCAUAUCAACUGGAACGAGGACAAGGCUGCGGCCAUCCUGGAGGCCUGGCAGAGGACAUACGUGGAGGUGGUCCAUCAGAGCGUCGCACAGAACUCCUCUCAGAAGGUGCUUUCCUUCACCACCACAACCCUAGACGACAUCCUAAAAUCCUUCUCUGAUGUCAGCGUCAUCCGAGUGGCCAGCGGCUACUUACUGAUGCUUGCCUAUGCCUGUUUAACCAUGCUGCGCUGGGACUGUUCCAAGUCCCAGGGUGCCGUGGGGCUGGCUGGCGUCCUGUUGGUUGCACUGUCAGUGGCUGCAGGAUUGGGCCUGUGCUCAUUGAUCGGGAUUUCCUUUAAUGCUGCAACAACUCAGGUUUUGCCAUUUCUUGCUCUUGGAGUUGGCGUGGAUGACGUUUUCCUUCUGGCACACGCAUUUAGUGAAACCGGACAGAAUAAAAGAAUCCCUUUUGAGGACAGGACUGGAGAAUGCCUCAAGCGCACGGGAGCCAGCGUCGCCCUCACUUCCAUCAGCAACGUCACAGCCUUCUUCAUGGCCGCCUUGAUCCCGAUUCCUGCUCUGCGGGCAUUCUCUCUCCAGGCGGCGAUUGUAGUGGUGUUCAACUUUGCCAUGGUUCUGCUCAUUUUUCCUGCGAUCCUCAGCAUGGAUUUAUAUCGACGUGAGGACAGAAGAUUGGAUAUUUUCUGCUGUUUUACAAGCCCCUGUGUUAGCAGAGUGAUUCAGGUUGAACCUCAGGCCUACACGGAGACGCACGACAACAGCCGCUGCAGCCCCCCGCCCCCCUACAGCAGCCACAGCUUCGCCCACGAGACACAGAUCACCAUGCAGUCCACCGUCCAGCUCCGCAUGGAGUACGACCCACACACACACGUGUACUACACCACUGCCCAGCCGUGCUCCGAGAUCUCCGUGCAGCCUGUGACCGUGACCCAGGACAGUCUCAGCUGCCAGAGCCCCGAGAGCACCAGCUCCACGAGGGACCUGCUCUCCCAGUUUUCCGACUCCAGCCUCCACUGCCUUGAGCCCCCCUGCACCAAGUGGACCCUCUCUUCUUUUGCCGAGAAGCACUACGCUCCUUUCCUCUUGAAACCAAAAGCCAAGGUCGUGGUGAUCUUCCUUUUCCUGGGCUUGCUGGGGGUCAGCCUUUAUGGGACCACCCGGGUGCGAGACGGGCUGGACCUCACAGACAUUGUGCCUCGGGAAACCAGAGAAUAUGACUUUAUCGCUGCACAGUUCAAGUACUUUUCUUUCUACAACAUGUACAUAGUCACCCAGAAAGCAGACUACCCUAACGUCCAGCACUUACUCUACGACCUGCACAGGAGUUUCGGUAACGUGAAGUACGUCAUGUUGGAAGAAAACCAGCAGCUUCCCAAGAUGUGGCUGCACUACUUCAGAGACUGGCUCCAAGGGCUUCAGGAUGCAUUUGACAGUGACUGGGAAACUGGGAGAAUCAUGCCAAACAAUUACAAGAACGGAUCAGAUGAUGGGGUCCUUGCCUACAAGCUCCUGGUACAGACCGGCAGCCGCGAUAAGCCCAUCGACAUCAGUCAGCUGACUGAGCAGCGUCUGGUGGAUGCAGAGGGCAUCAUCAAUCCCAGCGCGUUCUACAUCUACCUGACGGCCUGGGUCAGCAAUGACCCCGUCGCCUAUGCUGCCUCCCAGGCCAACAUCCGGCCCCACCGCCCCGAGUGGGUCCACGACAAAGCCGACUACAUGCCGGAGACGCGGCUGAGAAUCCCUGCAGCCGAGCCCAUCGAGUAUGCCCAGUUCCCGUUCUACCUCAAUGGCCUGCGAGACACUGCAGACUUUGUGGAAGCAAUCGAGAAGGUCAGAGCCAUCUGCAACAACUACACGGGCCUGGGGCUGGCCAGCUACCCCAACGGCUACCCCUUCCUCUUCUGGGAGCAGUACAUCGGGCUGCGCCACUGGCUGCUGCUGUCCGUCAGCGUGGUGUUGGCCUGCACCUUCCUUGUGUGCGCCGUCUUCCUCCUGAACCCCUGGACGGCCGGGAUCAUUGUGAUGGUCCUGGCUCUGAUGACGGUCGAGCUCUUCGGCAUGAUGGGCCUCAUUGGAAUCAAGCUGAGUGCUGUGCCUGUCGUCAUCUUGAUCGCUUCGGUCGGCAUAGGAGUGGAAUUCACCGUGCAUGUCGCUUUGGCCUUUCUCACAGCCAUGGGUGACAAGAACCGCAGGGCUGUGCUCGCCCUGGAGCACAUGUUCGCGCCCGUUCUGGACGGUGCUGUGUCCACUCUGCUGGGAGUACUGAUGCUUGCAGGGUCUGAGUUUGAUUUCAUUGUCAGGUAUUUCUUUGCUGUCCUGGCGAUUCUAACGAUCCUGGGUGUUCUCAAUGGCCUGGUUUUGCUUCCAGUCCUCCUGUCUUUCUUUGGGCCAUACCCUGAGGUAACUCCAGCCGACGGCCUGAGCCGACUGCCCACCCCUGCCCCUGAGCUGCCCGCCAGCGUUGUGCGGUUUGCCGUGCCCCCCGGUCGCACGAGCAAUGGAUCUGAUUCCUCUGACUCGGAGUACAGCUCUCAGACGACAGUGUCAGGCAUCAGUGAGGAGCUUCGGCACUAUGAGGCCCAGCAGAGCACAGGGGGCCCUGCCCACCAAGUGGUCGUGGAGGCCACAGAAAGCCCUGUCUUCGCCCGGUCCACUGUAAUCCAUCCCGAGGGAAGGCAUCAUGCACCCUCGAACCCUCGACAGCAGCUCCACCUGGACUCAGGGGCCCUGCCCCCCAGACGGCAAGGCCAGCUGCCCCGCAGGGACCCCCCCGGAGAAGGCUUGCGGCCGCCCCCCUACAGACCGCGCAGAGACGCUUUUGAAAUGUCUACUGACGGGCAUUCCGGCCCUAGCAGCAGGGACCGCUCGGGACCCCGUGGGGCCCGCUCUCACCACCCUCGGAACCCGGUGUCCACUGCCUUGAGCAGCGCCAUGCCCAGCUACUGCCAGCCCAUCACCACUGUGACGGCUUCUGCGUCCGUGACUGUCGCCGUGCACCCCCCGGCCGCCCCCGGGCCUGGGCGGCCACCCCGAGGGGGGCUCUGCCCUGGCUACGAAGGCUACCCUGAGACUGACCACGGGCUGUUCGAGGACCCCCACGUGCCUUUUCACGUCCAGUGCGAGAGGAGGGAUUCAAAGGUGGAAGUCAUCGAGCUGCAGGACGUGGAAUGUGAGGAGAGGCCCCGGAGAGGCAGCUGCGACUGAGGUGCGGCAGGACCCAGAGGGACGCAGAGACAGGGCCCUGGGCGUUGGCACAUCCCAAACUGGACCCAGCGCCUUCUGUCCCCAAGGCAAGGCUCAUGUGUCCACACGCUGUCGUCCUUGGGGAGCCAGUCCCUCUCCAAAUCAGGUCUCCGUCCCCCACUGUAGCCUCCUGGGCGUUAGUGCAACCUGACAGGCGCUAACAGCUGUCCCUGCAGCCACUGCCAGUCGUUCCGAAGUGCCAGGACAGGGCCGUGUGGUCGUGCACCACUCCCUGAAUGGUCACAGAGUGAGCACGGGGUGUAGGCAGCCCCUGGUGGCCUGCGGGCCCCCCCGCACCUCUGCCAUCCUGAUUCCCAGCACCGUAGAUGGCCUUUGCCUGUUCUUGUGCUUUGCAGAUACGGAUUCACACACCUGUUACUCGGUUUGACUUCCUUUUUUGUUUUCUUUGAAAGGGUGAUUAAAAUCUGAAGCAAAGAGGCCAAAGAUUGGAAACCCCCCACCCCGACCUCUUUCCAGAACUGCUUGAAGGGAAGCGCUUGGGCAUUAUGGAAAAGACGCGCUGUGUCCUGGCGGUGGUUGUCACUGUAGCCGACUGUAUUAUGUUGUGAAAUGUCCCUAUAGAUAUUUAAGAGGUGUACACAUAUGUAACAUACGAAGGACCUAUGUAAGGUAGCAUGGUCUGGGCUUUCUCCACUCCUGCUCCAGAGCGGGGCGGCCACGGCGACACCCUCCCUGAUUGUACAUUGGUCUCUGUGCCACAACUAAGCUUAACCUAGUCUUAAAUUUCAGCAUAUGUUGCUGCUGCUUAAAUUUUGUAAA